UGUUCUAACUUCUUUGCGUAUUGCGUAGCCUUGAGGCUAUUUUGAUAGGAUAAGACAGCAGAAUCCGGGUAGACCCGUAUCCGUAGCAUACUCUGCCGCCAUCCUAGCUUCCUGGUCCGAUCAUCGAUCACUAUCAGAAUGUCAAGCAAGAGCAUCGAGGACGGAAAGGAGCAAGAGUUCAGUGACGAUGCUGCCAAAAAUCCAGCCGAAAACGAUGGUGACCAAAAAGAAUUGGAUCAAAAUGGUGAAAACCCCAUGCUCUCACCCGAGCAGGAGGAGGAGAUCAUCAAGAAAAAAUACGGGGGAAUGUCAUCAAAGAAGAAGCCGUUGAUAUCUAAGGAUCAUGAACGAGCAUUUUUUGAUUCUGCUGAUUGGGCACUGGGAAAGCAAGGAGCUCAAAAACCUAAAGGACCGCUUGAAGCUCUCCGCCCAAAACUUCAGCCCACUCCGCAACACCAAAUGCGUUCAAGGCGCUCAGUUUAUGCUCCUGCAGACGAUGAUGAUGCAGAGGAUGGCAGUAAUGACGCAUCUCCUGAGCAUGAGAACUGCCAACCACAAGGUGGAGACGAUAAGAACUCAGCUCCUGAAGAUCAAACCUGCUACGGUGGAGACGAUAAGAACUCUGCUCGUGGUGUUCAAACCUGCAAUGCCUAGUUGCAGUUUAAUUUAUUCAUGCUGGCACCCUUUGUCACUUUAUAUUCCCAGAAAAAUAAGAUUUCAGAAACCAUGAUUGUAGGCAUACGAUGUGCUAAUGCAGGAAGUAAAGCAUUGGAUCGUCGUGCUAAUAUUAGUCAUUCGACAAUAAUACAUCUUACAAUGGAUCCUUUUGGCUUUUCCUUCCUUCUAUAUUUGUACCCAAAUAGUGUCAUUAACCAUUGAAUAAAAUAUUGGAAAAAUGUUAAUGGACGCU